AUGUCCGACAAAGUCAUCGCCCACCCUUCAGCAGCAUGUUGCAUUUCCGGCAGCAUCCAUAAAGGCGACCCCAAAGGCCGCAUUGAGAAGAUUCAAGAUGUAGAGACUUAUAUCGCGGAACCUGCAGCCGAUAAAGCAAAUGGCAACGUCGUUCUCUACUUUCCCGAUGUCUUCGGUCUCUUCGUCAAUGGGAAAUUGAUGAUGGAUGGAUGGGCUGAAGCUGGUUAUCUCGUUCUCGGACCAGACUACUUCAACGGCGAUGCGAUUUGGAAGCACAAGAAAGACCUCAGCGACCCGAACGAUAACCCAGGCUUUGACUUUCCAGCCUGGUUGGCCAAACAUCAGAAAUUCUCGGAUCCUUUCAUCCCCAAGUGGGUUGAGGAUGUCAAGGCAAAGUAUGGCAAAUCCGAUACGAAGUUCUUGUGUACUGGAUAUUGCUAUGGCGCACCCUAUGUCUGCGAUCAGCUCUCCGAGAAGGGGGUCUGUUCUGCUGGUGCUUUUGCGCACCCGGCAUUCUUGAACGAGGCGCAUUUCGAAAACAUCACCAAGCCUCUCUUCCUCUCCUGCUCAGAGAUUGACCAGACUUUCCCCAAAGACUUGCGCCGUCGUGCCAUUGACAUCCUCGAUCAAGGCAAGAAGAUCUAUGAAGUCCAGCUAUUCGCCAAAGUCAGUCAUGGUUUCGCUCUCCGAGCUGAUCUCAACGAUCCAUGGCAGAAAUACACAAAGGAAGCGAGUUUCGCAGGAAUUCUGGGAUGGUUUGACUGGUGGUCAAAGCAUGACUCGUGGUAUCAACCAAAGUUGUAA